AUGGCCUCUAUCAGCAACGGCGGAAACAACAACAACAACAAUAACAACUCCUCCUCCUCCAACAAUGCAGCGGGAUCAGGAACACUACAGGCACUCCGGGCAAACGUAGUAGACCGGUACUGGAACGACAUUGCUGCACACUUCCGUGAACCGGGCUUUUCAACCUUUGAUAAGGAACGUACCCGAAGAGCCGCAGACCGCGACCCGGAGUUUAUGAGGAAGCUGUUGCUAGCGGUCAUUACAGAUCGACCGGGGCAAGGUGAUAUCUUACCGAGCGUGAUUGCGAAAAGCAGUUGUGAUUUCUUUUCGAGUCUGGAUCGCAAUGGCAAGACUGAGUUCUUGAGGCUUUUGGCUCGCGAUUUUGGUGUGCUGCAGGAGGACGUGGUAAAGGCUGCCGAACAGUACCAGGAUUACGCACACAAAGAACCGGAGAGUAAGGCACUGCUGCGUGCGGAGCAAUUGCUUCGUCAUGCCAUUGUCCCUGGUCACAAUAAGUUCUUUGAUCGCGUCAGUCGGUUGCCCGGAGGACUCAAAUUCCUCAUCGACAUGCGCCAAGACCUCCUGAGCGUUAUUCAAGCAAACAGAGGGGAUGCGUAUUUGUCGUCGUUGAACGAGUCGCUCAAGGAAAAGUUGCAGGCAUGGCUCGUCGGAUUCCUGGAUCUGGAGCGUUUGACCUGGCAAUCACCCGCUGUCUUGCUCGAGAAGAUUACACAAUACGAAGCGGUGCACAAGUUCAAUGAUGUGCAGGAUUUGAAGCGACGAGUGGGGCCUGGCAGGAGAGUGUUUGCACUGAUGAACAAGAGUCUUCCUGAUGAACCCUUGGUCUUUGUCCAGGUGGCAUUGGUUGAGCGUCUUUCGGAUAAUGUCCAAGAUAUCCUGAGCGACCCUUCACCCGGACACGCCAACCCAGCCGAGACUGUCAAGUGCGCGAUCUUUUACUCCAUCACCACUCAAUUGGGUAACUUUUUGAUUAAGCGUGUGGUCCGGUCAUUGAAGGUCGAGUUCCCUCAGAUCGAGACCUUCAGCACCUUGUCGCCCAUCCCAGGAUUCAGAACAUGGAUUGUGCAAUGCCAGAACCUUGGACAGAAGCUGCUCUUGCCUCAGGAGGAAUCGGUUGUUUCGCAGUUGGGCCAAGAGACAGGGGCUGCCUCAGGAGAUGUCGAGGAUCAAUUCAGUGCUAUCUUAAAGCACCCUUCGACAUUCUCGGACAGUGAGAUUAUGGGCAAGCUGCGACCCAUCCUCGGCCGACUCUGCGCUAGAUACAUCUUGCUGGAGAAGCGCCGUCACUUGGCACUGGACCCUGUUGCAAACUUCCACCUUCGCAACGGCGCCUGUGCACACCGCCUAAACUGGCUCGGUGACACAUCAACGAAGGGCAUGGAAGAGUCGUUUGGGAUGAUGAUCAAUUACCUGUACUCGCUGGACCAUAUCGAGAUGAACAACCAGCAGUACUUGCGGGAUGGAACUAUUAGUGUCUCGUCAAAAGAUACAGGGUUCCAGAAGGUGCUGAUGGAUUCUGCGGCUGGAUAUAGACAGGAUGGCGGUCAUGGAGAGGAGGAGGGGCAAGGAGGAGAGGAGGAGGAGGGGCAGGUUGUACAGGUGAAUGGGUCAAACUUCCGGUUGCUUGAGAUUGUUACUGCAUGA